AAGACGCAAAGAGCUUGAUGUUAACAAUAGUUACGCAGUAGUUAUCUCCCUUGGUACACCCUCCAAGGUGUGAUAACAGAUAGCGAGCCACUCAUACAGGUUAAUCAUUCAUUUUGUCUUUGCUGGGAUUCACGUAAACUCCACACCUUUUUUGAGUUUAUGUUUGCAGAGAAGAUAGAAAAGGAGCACAGUGGUAAUUAGAUUUCCCUGUCGACAUUAUGACGGAUUCAGGCAGAAGAGCCAUGUCUCUGUUCACCCUUGUUCUCUGCAUCGUGGUGGCCUCGGCGCUCCCGACCGACCACAGCAGCGAUGCCGCUAACAGAGACUUCGAUUCAACCACAUUCAUGGAGAAGUUUGGUUACCUGGACAACCUUGCCGGACGAGGUCAACAUGACCCACAGACGACUUCAAUGGGAAUCAGGGAGUUCCAGAGGUUCAACGGUCUGCAAGAGACUGGGCGCCUGGAUCCGGCCACUGUUCAAAAGAUGCAAUCCCCGAGAUGCGGUCUACCCGAUCUGGUCAGACCGUCAGAGAGAGCAGCGCAGCUCAGGAGUGACCCCGAAACACCACUGGCCUUCUAUGCCCCAGGCUAUAAAUGGAGAAAGAACGACAUCGAUUACAAGAUCGUUGGAUAUACCCGUCAACUGGGAGGUUCAGAUCAGAGACGAGCACUGAGACAGGCGUUCUCCAAGUGGUCUGGUGUGACGCCCCUCACGUUCAGAGAGGUGACGAGCGGCACGGCCGACAUCGAGAUCAGCUUCGUCAGGGGACAGCACGGGGAUGGUCCUGGCAAUACAUUCGAUGGGAGAGGUGGCACGCUUGCACAUGCGUUCUUCCCCGGGACUCAACCAAUCAGCGGCGACACCCACUUCGAUGAGGACGAGCAGUGGACGAUGCGAGGAGAAACGGGCUCGAACCUGGAAAUAGUUGCCGCCCACGAGUUCGGCCACGCCCUUGGGCUGGGUCACUCCAACGUGCCCACGGCACUGAUGGCCCCUUACUAUCAGGGGUACGACCCUAACUACCAGCUCCACGUGGACGACAAGCGAGGGAUACAGACACUGUAUGGUUCAGGUGGAGGACGUUCAGGCGGUAGAAGAACCCGGCCGACCCGACCGCCAGUGACUGCCAGACCACGACCACGACCACGUGCAACCCCAGCACCCAGCGGCAGACACUGUGACGUCAAGUUUGAUGACAUCAUCGUUGCUCACGAUGGGAAAACCUAUGCCUUCCGUGGCAGCAAGAUCUACAGACUGGUCAAUCGUGGGGUGAGCAGAGGGUUCCCCAGGCCCCGCAACAGAGUGUUCCGGGGAGCUCCGUCCUCCCCCGGGGCCGUGGUGUACGACAGGAGGCUCAGGAAGACGUUCUUCUUUAAAGGAGGCAGAUACUGGAGGUUCACUGCCUAUCGCAAAGAUCAGGGAUUCCCAAAGAGAUUACCGUCCGCAUUCAGAAACCCUAAAGCUGCCCUCCAGUGGAGAGAUGGUAGGAUCUACCUAUUUAAGAGCUCCACGUACACGGCGUGGACGGAGACCCUGACAAGAGCGUCCUCUGGCUACCCCCGGUCUACCACACAGUUCUGGAGGGGACUCCGGCCGGACAUCGAAGCAGCCUUCCAGUACACUGACGGAGAGACAUACUUCUUCAAGGGCAACGUAUACUGGAAGUUCGACAGCUACUACGGGCGUGUGGAGGCGGGUUACCCCAAGGCAACAUCCCAGGCUUGGCUGGGCUGCACCCCGAGGAUACCCAAGUAGCUGGGUCCUUCUUGUCGCCAUACUGACACGUAGAUGUAGCUAGCCUUGUGAUCUACAGUUUAUCCUCCAUCCUGGAAGUUGCUCUUCACCAAACAUUUUGCAAAGCAUAGGCCACUAUUCAAGUUGGGAACAUACUGACCGACACCAUGAAUGUUUCAUACAUUGCAAACUACUGUCUGGACCGUGACCUUCUUUUACCUAUAUGUUUACCAGUAGAUGCUUGAAACAAUAGAUCGUCUCAAAGCGAACACUUCCGAAAACUACAGGAGAUAACCGAAUAAAAUAUGACUUCACUUUUCUUCACUUAACACUUGUAAUAAUAAUUGGGACUGGAAAGAGCACCGUGAGGUUAUUCCCUGAUAUAUGAAAGGUCGGUUCGGUUCAGAAAUAGCAAAAAGAGAGAGGAAACCGAUUUAGAAUCAAAAGAACCUUUAUGUUGAUGUGAGACCAUAGAAAAUGCAGCUAUAGUAUGCUACUAUCAAAUGCAUGACAUAUUUCUCACGUAGCUGUACCACAACCCCCGCGAAUUCGUGUGAUCGCACGAUCAACAUUUUUCGGGUCCAAAAUAAAGUUUCUUACGCCCAAUACAAACAAGACAUACAUCUGCGUGUUUCAUCCCAAAACCUGCUAAAACUACCAUCAACCAAUGCUAACCAUUGAUCUACACCAGUCAGACUGUCCCAAUCUCAUGAAAAUCAGAUGUGCUCGCUACCGCCACACAAAGAUCUGAGGACAUUCCAUUCCAGGUCACGUCAGAACUACCUUUCGCGAACUUUUGACCGACCACUGAAAUGACUGAUCGGAAAGUAGCUUUUUCGAGCUUUUCGGUACCAGUUUCAAAAUUGCCACUUCCAUUCAAGACUAGGUUCUUUAAAAAAAAUAUUUUGACAAAAGACUCGAUUCAAAAUUUGGAAUUAAAAGAAACUUCUGGAAUGUCUAAUAGAUGGCGGAGAUUGUAUGGCAGUACUUCCCACGGAGCUUCUUUCGUUUUAAAUUUUUCUUCCGUUGAAGAGAUGAUGCCUAGCAUUUGAAAUCAGUCGUACAUCUCGGGCUGAAACUGUCGUUGGGAAUGCCGCGCAUUAACAUUGAGGCUGCAUGAUUAGAAAACACAUUAACAUAAGAAAAGUACCGGCGGUGGGGAUGCCUAGCGUUCGCUGGUCACACCGAAGGCCCGUGUUCGAUUCUUCACAUGGGUGCAAUGCGUGAAGCCAAUUUCCGGAUCAUUUUGCUAAGUCUUUGAGAAUAUUUUCAAAACAACCACAUCAUACAACAGGUUCGUUUUAGAUUUCAUAGUUUUGGGAGAUACUGACGGCAAUUUCGAGACAUGCCUUAGUUUUUCUUUGUGUAUGAAUAAUUUCAAAGACAAUCGGAUGAAUACACGUGUCUGUAUAUACUCAACGUGUCACAAGCUGUGUAUGCCCUGUGAGUGACUAUCGAGACAGAUGAUGGUGUAUGACUGAUUACUACAUAAUGAUCUAUACAUGUAAUAAAAUAAGUUUAAAUCAA